AUGAAGAAGAAGGGUGCCCCAGAGGUGACUCGGUCGGUGGUUGAAUUCGCAAAUCACAUUAAAUCGACGUACUCGCCGAUAUCCGUGAUUCUCGAACGGGAGACAGCCGCUGAGAUACACGAGUCCCUGCCGUUCCCCGUUUACACCAACCUGUCCGAUCCGUCGAUACCUCCUGAAAACGUAGACCUGAUAGUCACGUUGGGCGGUGAUGGGACCAUUCUGCGCGCAUCUUCGCUCUUCGCGACGUCCAAGAUCGUACCUCCAAUACUCUCAUUCAGCAUGGGAACCCUGGGGUUCCUAGGGGAGUGGAAAUUCUCAGAAUACAAAGGAGCGUUUCGAGAAGUCUACAUGUCCGGCGCGGGACUCGGUGAGCGAGCGCCUGCACUCGAGAACAGUCCGCCUCUUUGUGCGGGUAACGAAGAAGCUGGAGGUGGUUGGUCGUCCUUGCGCGGGAAGUCGAUGGGCAUGUCACGAAGCGCUCGCAUACUGGUCCGCAGCAGACUACGAGUGGGUGUAUUUACGCCGGACGGGGAGCCGGUGCACAGUAACGGUGUCACCCUCUCUUCGCCAUCUGAUGCCGACACCGGCGUCUACGCGAUGAACGAAGUGGUGAUCCACCGCGGUAGACAGCCACAUCUCGCGAUCGUCGAGGUUUUCGUUGGUGGCCGUUUCCUCACUGAAGCCGUUGCAGAUGGCAUGAUCGUCGCAACACCGACAGGGAGCACAGCAUACAGUCUCUCAUGCGGCGGGAGCAUCAUCCAUCCACUCGUGUCUUCCCUCCUCCUAACGCCCAUCUGUGCACGGAGUCUCAGUUUCCGGUCCCUGGUCGUUCCGUCCCGAACGCCCGUGACGCUUCGACUGAGUGAGAAGAAUCGCGGACGGGAGGUAGAAGUUAGCAUUGACGGGGUCACGAUGACCCAGGGCCUGCGGGUCGGCAUGGAAGUUCGUGUCUGGGGCGAGGACAUCAAAGUCAUCGAUGGAGCAUGGUAUGGGGGUGUGCCUUGCGUGAUGCGCAAGACUGUCGGCGAAGGCGGUGCGGCCGAUGGCUGGGUCGGCGGUCUCAACGGGCUUCUCAAGUUCAACUAUCCCUUUGGUUCGGAGACGUGA